AUGGACAACGCGAAACCAUCCGUCCAGAUGGACGAAGGCGACCCCUCACCGGCUGGUCAAGAGCAGAAUCUCGACAACUUCAACUUCCCGUCCCAGACCGAAGAAUGGCGACUAGACUUUGAAAAGAAACUUCUCCGCAAAGUCGACACACGUUUAAUGCCCACUCUGGUCAUAAUGUACCUCCUCAACUUCCUCGAUCGCUCCAACCUCGCCCAAGCCCGUCAAGGCUCCCUCGAACAAGACUUGGGAAUGUCAGGCACAGACUUCAACCUCGCCACAUCCAUCUUCUUCGUCGGAUACCUACUCAUGCAAUUACCGUCGAACCUGAUUCUUACACGUUUGCGACCGUCAUUAUAUCUCAGCGCUUCGUGCUGUCUUUGGGGUGUUGUGUCGACGUGCAACGCUGCUGCGCAAAAGUUUUCACAUCUUAUCGUCAUCCGAUUCUUUCUCGGUUUUGUCGAGGCGCCGUUCUUUCCGGGUGCGGUGUUUUUGAUGAGUUCUUGGUAUACCCGUGCUGAGCUCACGCGACGAAUCGCAUGGCUGUAUUCGGGAAAUGCGCUUGCGAAUAUGUUUGGUGGUGUUCUCGGUGCAGCCAUUCUGGGUGAUAUGGAUGGCGCGCAUGGCAAAGCAGGCUGGAGAUGGCUGUUCAUCAUUGAGGGUGUAGCAGCUAUUGGCUUUUCUCUGAUCGCCAUGUUUAUCCUUCCCAACUACCCUCACACCACAAAAUGGUUGACCGAGGAGGAACGCGCAUUCGCAGCAUGGAGACUGGCUCAAGACAUUAACGAAGUCGAUGCUUACGGCGAAAGCACAGUCUGGGAUGGUGUCAAGAUGGCAGUGCGAGAUUAUCGUCUGUACCUUUUUGUGCUUCUCCAACACGUCAGUCUCAUUUCUCAGACAUUCCAGUAUUUCUUCCCCACCAUUGUGGGGACGCUUGGCUAUGGUAAAAUUGUUACGUUGUGGCUUACAGCUCCAGCAUGGUUUGCGACAUUCCUUUUGUCGGUUUGUGUCACGUUGAGCUCGGCCAAGACAAAUGACAGAUCGCUGCAUAUUAUUUGUCUCAUGCUUGUCGCAGCAAUUGGCAAUGCAAUCGCAACAGCCACCACGGUAGUUGGAGCACGAUUCUUUGCCAUGUUUCUCAUGCCAAUGGGUGCGGUAUCAUCUUAUCAAAUCAUUGUCUCAUGGGUGGCCAAUUCUUUUCCCCGCCCUCUGGUUAAACGCUCUGCGACCAUCGCCAUCUGCAACAUGAUUGGUAACACAGCAAGUAUAUAUGGGUCAUACAUGUACCCCAGCAGCGAUGGUCCACAGUACAUUCCAGGUGGUAGCGCCAACACAGCCAUCUGUGUUCUUGUCGCGCUGAUUGCUCUUAUGUUGCGCUAUGUCCACAAGUGGGAGAACAAGAAGCUGGACAGAGCCGAGAACGAAACGAAUGCAGCCGCGGAAGAGAACGGCAAGGGCGACUUGGCUGCAACUUCAGAGUUGAGAGAACCAGGAUUCAGGUACAUUUACUAG